UCUGUAAUGUUAUCAGCAGUUGCCAUGACAACAGUCAGUCUGUACCGUUCGGCGUGACACUACACUCGUCGCAAUCGUUACACGAGUGUGCAAGUCUGGACGAAGAGACGGGAGAGAAAAUGAAAUCCAGAUGGAAGCGUACCGUUAUUUACGUCCUAUUAAGGCUCAUUAGAUUAUCUCUCGAUUUUAUAUCGAAUAUUAUAUUUGGAAUUAUAAAUUAUCGAAUGCCGGAGAAGAUAAAACCCGUCACCGAUCCGAUUUUAUUAGAAACCGCUCAAUCUCUAGCCGAAAAAAUUAGGAAGAGAAAGUUAAAGUCGGUGGAUGUUAUAAAAGCGUAUAUUACGAGGAUUCGAGAAGUAAAUCCUACUUUAAAUAUAAUUUCGGACGAAAGGUUUAAGGAUGCUCUACAAGAUGCAGAAAAAGCGGACCAAUUCAUCGAAUCAGAGAAAAAUUCUGUGAAAGUAUUAGAAGAUUUAUAUCCAUAUUUAGGAGUUCCGUUUACUACUAAGGAAUCGAUGUCAGUUCAAGGAAUGCUGAAUACCGCAGGCUUGUACAGUUCUAAGGGCAGAAGAGCAUCGAAAGAUUCCGACACCGUAGUACUUAUGAAAAAAGCUGGAGGAAUUCCGCUGGCUGUUACCAACGUGCCAGAGUUAACUAUGUGGUGGGAAACAUACAAUAAUGUGUACGGCAAAUCUAGAAAUCCGUACGAUCCUAGAAGAAUUGUCGGUGGAAGCAGCGGAGGAGAAGGAGCUCUUUUAGGUGCUGGUGGUUCAGUAAUUGGCAUUGGUUCGGAUGUAGGAGGUAGUAUUCGUAUACCAUCGUUUGUGAAUGGCAUAUUUGGUCUUAAGCCAAGCAAAGGUAUCGUUUCUAACAUAGGACAAGUACCGGACAACGGUCAUCUAUAUGAUGAUUUUCUCUCAACGGGACCAAUGUGUCGUUACGCUACGGAUUUGUUACCUAUGUUAAAAGUAUUGGCCGACAAAAAUGUAUCCAAACUUAGACUAGAUAGGAAGAUCGAUCUUAGUAAGAUAAAAAUCUAUUAUAUGGACGAAGCGGGUCACCCGUUCUGCACCCGAGUCACUUCUGAAAUGAAACAGGCUCAAAUGAAGGUAAAACUGUAACAAAAUAUAAACAUUGGUAUACUGUAACAAAAUAUA